AUGAUUCUGCUUGAAGAUGUCUUCAUGUUGUUUCUAAUGCAGUGCCAGGACGAGGCGCGGCUGCGGGACGAGGCGGAGCGCGCCCUGCGCGACUGCAGGAAGGAGGCGGACCGCGCCGCGCUCGCGCGCCUCGAGCUGGAGAAGAAGGUGGAGGCGCUGCUGGACGAGAUCGCCUUCCUGCGCCGCGUGCACGACGAGGAGGUGGCCGAGCUGCAGGCCGAGCUGCAGGACGCGCAGGUCUCGGUGGAGUUGGAUGUGAGCAAGCCGGAUCUCACUGCUGCCCUAAAGGAGAUCCGCAUGCAGUAUGAGGUCCUAUCUGCCCGGAACCAGCAGUCGGCCGAAGAGUGGUACAAAUCCAAGUUUGCCAACUUCACUGAGGAGGCUGCGCGCAGCAAUGACAGCAUCCGCCAGGCCAAGGAGGAGAUCACAGAGUACCGGCGCCAGCUGCAGUCCCGCAACAUUGAGAUCGAGUCCCUGAAGAGUGCCAACGAGUCUCUGGAGAGGCAGCUCCAGGAAGCUGAAGAGAGGAGCAACACAGAGAUCCAAAAUCUGCAUGAAACUAUUAACCAGCUGGAGAAUGCUCUGAGGACAACCAAGGGAGAGAUGGCUCGUCACCUCCGGGAGUACCAAGAUCUGCUCAACGUAAAGAUGGCCCUGGAUAUUGAAAUAGCUGCCUAUAGGAAGUUACUGGAAGGGGAAGAGACCCGACUGAGCACCGUUACCAGUGGGAGCACAUAUGGCCUUGGCUAUGCUAUCCCAUCUGGCCCAUUCUCCGGAGUAAAAACCUUCUCCAGCAGCAUGGUCACUGUCAGAAAGGAGGAGAAGAAGGACCCGCAGGACAACAUCAAGGAAGCCGGGCUGGCUGAAGAGCCAAAGGCUGCUGGGCAAGACAAGCCCAGAGAAGAGAAGGCAGAAACAGCCCCAGCCAAAAACUAAACUGAAGUAAGCUUCUGUCUCCUCAAGGGGAGCAGGAGUAUACUGCAGGGGAAGAGAUCAUCUUGUAUCCUUCUGUAGCCUGUUACAGUAACAUGGAGGGGCAGCACGGUCCAGUGGAUAGAGCUUUUGACUUGCACUCAGAUGCCCUGGGUUCUCUUCAUAGCUCAGCCACUGACCCACCACAUGACCUUGGACCAAAUCACUUCCCCUCUUUGUGCCUAGUUUUCCCCUCUCCCCCUUGGCCUAUCCUAUCUGUAGAUUGUAAGCUCUCCUGGGCAGGGACCUCUGUAUAGCACUGAGCACAAUGUUGGAACCUUCAGCACGACUUCAGUGCUGCUUUAGGGCAAGGGCUCCCUGUGUCUCAUGCCCUUGGCUCCCAUGCCCUCAACCCGCUCACAUAAAACUUGGUUGUAAAUACUUCUGCUGACUUCAGUGGCAUCAGAUCUGGGCUCUUUCUUAAUAUGCAGACCAGGGCUCCAGUGUAUUCCCACUUCCUUCCCACAGCUCUAAACCCUGCUCUUUUACAGCAGGUUAGGAUAUGCAUGUUUGCAAUUGCUAGCUUCUGCAGCCAAACUCUGUUAAAGGAUUCUGUUAAAGCAACUUCUUGGCUCCUGUCAAGGCCCCUAUUGAUUAAACAGGACCAUCUCACUAUCCUGAUGCCUCACACAUUUGGUACAGUUACCCCAAAAGGUUACAGAUCACAGCUUCUGAAUACCCUGUAAGAGGUGCCAGUGGGAGUAACCUGUUGGGUCUGGCAGUGGCAACUCUGUUUUUUAUUCAGGGAAGUGCCAGCCAGGUCUGUUUCUAUAGAAAGAAGCCAGUCUCUUCCUCACUCUGGUCAAGAGACCAGGCCUUCAGCCCUUCUCUGCUUCUGAGACUUCUUCCACUUUUUUCCCUUCCUUCCUUCCUUUUUAACUUUUGCUGUCACUGCCAGCUGAGGGCACUCUCUGGGUAACAGCAGGUAUAGUCUGCAGUCAAAGAAGAGAUAGAAAAGCUAUGGUUGACCACCAGAUUCUGAUGCAUUUACUCGCACUGAAUAGCACCUUAUUCCACCAGCAGUGUCAGUGGAGUUUGGACCAGAUGAUGUUUCCAACCCUAUACUUCUAUGAGUAAGGUAUCAGUAGGUAUACGGUUAUCAUGAAUCUGGCUCAGAUCUUGAGAAGAGCUUGCUCAGUAUUUGUGGUGGUGAUCACUUGCAAAUCUGGCCCCCUUGUGAGUGCUGCACACUUGAAAAUGUGUCCCCAGGCUUUUUUAUUUGGCUAUUGUUUUUUAGCAAAACAAAAAAGGGUGUUUGGGGGAGCAGAGGCAAGGUUACCCAUAACCUUUUCUGCAAAAAGCAAAUAAACAUGUGCAAAGCUGAAAAUGCCAGUGAUCUUGCUGAGACUCAGGUGUCUUGGUUAUGAUGUAGAGGGACCAGUUGACCAUCUGUCUGUUCUUUCUCUCUCUUUUUUUAUUUCCUACCCAAGAAUGUACCUGAGCAGUGUGGGGAGGGGGGAUGUAUUAUGAAGGUGAAUGUUCUAUAGGAAGGUUUAGCUUGAUCUUCUGAAUGUAGAGCCAAUGGUGCUUGAUUGCUAGGGAUGUUGUAGCUCUUCAGCAGAGCUCCUGAUGGGUUGCAAAUGUCAACUGAGAGCUGAUCAAAAUGAUUUGGAUUGUGAAAUGCUGACAAUUUCAAAAACUGGAGAGGUGGGAGAAUUUGAAAUGGUCAUGGAAUUUCCUCUCUGUUUUUGUCACCAGCUGUGGAACUGGUUGAAAUGUCAAGUUAUCAAGCCAGACAAGUGGAGUUAAAUUUCACACCUUGUCAUAAGAUGUUUGACUAGCUUAACUUUAGAUGGUUACUGAAUGUAGAUUUACUAGAUAAUGCAAUGCAUGGCCUUCUCUAGGGUGUGUUUGCGUGUAUGUAUAGUGGAAUGCUAACUGGUUGUAGAACAGUGGUUAUGCAAGCAUUUUUCUUUAAUUGAUACAACCUUUUGGUUGAAGUAUCAUUUUGCAUGAAGCCACUUUUCACAUAGUUUGAAUGUGACUUUCCUCUUUUUGGACUAAAAUAUCCUUUGUUUAUUUAAAAGACAAAUAAAUGGAAAAACAGAAACCCCAAGGAACAAGGUUAGUGUUGGUGUCUGAGCACAAAUAUGUGCAGGUUGUAAAUUCAAAUCCUCACCUUCGGAUGUUCAACAAAUAUUGAUUGAAACUCUUCUACUGUAUGCCUGGUCAUGUGUUUCUAAUCAUUUUGUUUCACACUGAUCAAGGAGCAGUUCAUUGCUAGCCUCAGCAUUUUUAUAUCCCUGUUUAUUUUGGUUUUGUUCUUUUCCCACACCACCCUGGAAAUAACGGGCCAGGUUUUCAGCUGAUGUAAGUUACCGUAACUCUUCAGAAAUCAGUGGAGAUGCACCAUUCUAUCAGAGCUGAGGGUGUACCGCAUUAUUUCUCCCCACAGCACAAUACAUGCAGUUCACAGCAGCAUGAGGCUGAUGCACCAUUUAAAUACAAUAUAAAUCUUCAAAAUGUUGCGCACACUCUGGGCAGCUUCUCUGUGAAGAGGUGAGUUUCACCCAUAUACUACAAUGGCACAAAGAAUAAAGUUGGAGGUAGAGGGAAAAGUUCUAGUAAAGAAUAAAAACAGUCUACAUCUUAUAAUACUACUUUGUGCUGUCCAUGCCAUUUCAUUCCUUAAAAUAAAAUCACCCUCACAAAGUCAAAAGUUUACCCAAGUUAAACAGCCUAUUGGCUUAGUGCGAUGAAAGCACACUGGUUUCUGUAGCUGGCCAAACACAGGGAGUGAUGUGCCCAGUAUCACAUCCCAUCCCGACUCACUAGUUACUCAGUUACAACUGGGUGCAUGAGCGUAAGUCCAGAGCACAGGGCUUAGGCAUGUACUUGCCAUCUUGCUGCAGCUUCACUGCUUUUCGUAUCCAUCCAAGCUUGGGAAUGCCCAAAUAUUCUGUUAUCACCACUCCAACAGCAGUGUAUACGUGAUCUGAAUCCCAUCUCCCAUAACAGUGCUAAGGGUACAUGCUGUUUACUAAAUUUGCCACGCUACUGCCAACUCUUCUUCAGAGAUUUCAAAAGCCUGCUCUUAGUGGCGGUUGUUCUCAUGUGUAAUUAUAUAUUUGUCCUCUCACCUUGAUUACUUGCUUGUGAGAAUCUCAGGUGCAAAGUGAAAUGUGUUAUUCUUGGCUCUCACUGGAGGUAUUGCUGGUGCUAGAACUGAGCUUUACACCUACCAGAUGAGAUAUGUGAAUGUGGCUUAUCUUAUGAUCUGCUAUAAAUGGCAUCUCACUCCGUUCCUCUGCUCAUGGCCCAGUUAUGAAUAAUGGGGAUAACCUCUGCUUGCCUGUUUAUUAGUAUAAGUGACUAUUAAAUGCAUUGGACUAAAAACACAGGCUACAUACAUAAAAUAUUUUCUCAAUGUAAAAUCCAUCUCCACUGAGCUAUAAUGACCAUGGCAGCUUGUCUGCUGGAAACUAAUGGACCAAGAUUCAGUCAAGAACUCUUGAGAGUUAUUGACCCAUGCUAAUAUAUUCUGAAGAUGUGGGGGAAAAAAUAGUCACAUGCAUUUCUUUAUGGGUGAAGCUAUUUAUUGAUGUAUACAUGGGAUGUUUCUAAAGGAUGAAUGUCUUCUGUAAUACAUUAGUCACUCUGAUCUAUCAUCGCCCAGGUCCCAAUUACAUUAAAAAAAUUUCC